AUGGCUUCAAAAGCAGUCAAUUACUUAAGGCCGGCACUGCGACUCGGCUCUCGUCAUCCAAUCAGAACAUGCAUCGCUCAAUAUAGUUCUCAUUCGCCGAUGGGAUCGACAACAACCCCAACACGCAAACCGGUCACCAUCCAAAGCAUCCGAAGUCUCUACAAAAAGAAUGAACCUAUCACUGUCCUCACAGCCUCGGAUUUCCCAAGCGGCCAUGUUGCCGAUACUGCCGGCAUGGAAAUCGUGCUCGUCGGCGAUAGUCUAGCAAUGGUGGCCAUGGGCAUGGAAGAUACAAAUGAAAUAACAAUGGAGGAUAUGCUCCUUCACUGCCGGAGCGUGAAGCGAGCUGUCAAAAGUGCUUUCACAAUCGCGGACCUGCCCAUGGGCUCAUAUGAAACAUCACCUGAACAAGCCCUCGCGUCCGCAAUCCGGAUGGUAAAAGAAGGCGGCAUGAAGGGCAUCAAGCUCGAAGGCGGCGCCGAGAUGGCACCGACAAUCAAGAAAAUCACUCAAGCCGGCAUCCCUGUCAUGGCGCAUAUCGGAUUGACGCCCCAGCGGCAGCAUUCUCUCGGAGGGUUCCGCGUGCAGGGAAAAUCGGCUGCGAGUGCAGUUAAGCUACUCCGUGAUGGGCUAGCGGUGCAAAAAGCCGGCGCAUGCAUGAUGAUCAUCGAAGCGGUGCCUGCUGAGAUUGCGGCCAUUGUGACGGAACGGCUAAGCGUCCCUACUAUCGGCAUUGGGUCUGGGAAUGGAUGCUCCGGGCAGGUUCUUGUUCAGGUUGAUAUGCUGAACAACUUCCCGGCGGGUCGGUUCUUGCCUAAGUUUGUCAAGACCUAUGCGGAUGUCUGGGGUGAAGCGCAAAGGGGCAUUGAGGCCUACAGGGACGAGGUCAAGAGCCGAGCUUUCCCUUCAGAGCAGUAUACCUAUCCUGUUUCAAAGGAAGCCGUUGAGGAGUUCCGAAACAUUGCCGGGGAGGUUUGUGAAGGCGAGGACCAGAAGUAA